UUGCUUGCUUUGAUGCCCAAGAACUUUCGAGGGAAAGGGCCAAAGAUAAAAACACAACUUUGUCAUGUGAUUUGGCCAUUCAUAUCAUUGUUCCAAUAGCCAUAUACAUUACACUGCAUGUGUAUCACCUAUAUAUUGGCUAUGUUUUCUCCAAAACUUCUUAGCCAUUCCAUUCUGAGUUCUGGUCGUCCUAAAAAUGUGCAAAGGUUUACAACAAGGAAGAAACGCAUCAAGUUCUUGUCUGAAAGAGGGUGGUUUCUCACUCUCAAGUAAUGCAACCAGGGGUUCAGGGUUGGUGAAGUGUGAGCUCUGCAAAUCCAGGGCUUCCUUAUAUUGCCAAGCUGAUGAUGCGUAUCUGUGUAGGAAAUGCGACAAAUGGGUUCAUGGAGCUAAUUUUUUAGCUCUCAGGCACAUCAGGUGCUUCCUUUGCAAUACAUGUCAGAAUCUAACGCAGAGAUGCCUCAUCGGAGCUUCACAUGAGGUGCUGCUGCCAACAAUGGUUAGUUGGUCGGCAGAGAGAAGACAGCGUAACUCCGACACGGAAACAGAGUCUUCAACAACCAUUAAAACACCAUUUCUUUUUCUUUGAUUGUCAUUUCAUUCCCUCGCUCUUAUGCUUAGUCUGAGACAAGAACAGCUUAAAUUUGCAUGAAAUCCUCAGGAUUAUGUAAACCAGAUUGGCUUCGUCGUUAAUGCAUAUUUGUUCUUUGUUCUGUAGAA